UGGCGCUGUCCUUCGGAGCGGCCGCAGGAGCCGCCGGAGCCGCGAGGCCGCUGCUGCCGCCCAAGGAAGGGAGCCGCCCGAGGCCGCCGAGCAGGAGCCGGACGAGAAGAGGAGGAGGAGGAGGAGGAGGAAGAAGGCCAACGGCCAUGGUCAUUAAGGCGGACGAGGUCAGGCCGGCGGGAGCCGUGGCGGAGCCGAAGCAACCACAGCAGAGCCCCGCGGAAGACCCGCCCAGCGUAGCCCUGAUGAACGGCAAUGGCUUGCACGAGAACCACAAGGAUGAGACCAGGGAGAACGGUCACGAGGAGCCGGCCCCCGCGGAGGAGGGGAACGACCACGAGGUCAUCGUCAUCCAGGACACCGGCUUCACCGUCAAAAUCCACGCGCCGGGGGUGGAGCCCUUCCCGUUGCAGGUUUCCCCGCAAGAGAUGGUCCAGGAGAUCCACCAGGUGUUGAUGGACCGGGAGGACACCUGCCACCGGACGUGCUUCUCCCUCCAGCUGGACGGCAACGUCCUGGACAAUUUUGCCGAGCUGAAGACCAUCGAAGGCCUCCAAGAAGAUUCGGUGUUAAAAGUCGUCGAAGAGCCGUACACAGUCCGGGAAGCCAGGAUCCACGUCCGUCACAUCCGAGACCUUUUGAAGAGCCUCGAUCCCUCGGACGCCUUCAACGGGGUCGACUGCAACUCGCUGUCGUUUCUCAGCGUCUUCACGGAAGGGGACCUCGGAGAGAGCGGGAAGCGGAAGAAGAAAAGCGUGGAAAUGGAGCAGAUCGACUGCACCCCUCCGGAACAUAUCCUGCCCGGAAGCAAGGAGAGGCCCCUCUGUCCCCUUCAGCCUCAGAACAGAGACUGGAAGCCUUUGCAGUGCCUAAAAGUCCUCACGAUGAGCGGCUGGAACCCCCCGCCCGGGAACCGGAAGAUGCACGGGGACCUCAUGUACCUCUACGUCAUCACGAUGGAAGAUCGGCACGUGAGCAUCACGGCGUCGACGCGAGGCUUUUACCUCAACCAGUCCACCGCCUACGUCUUCAACCCCAAGCCGGCCAACCCUAGCUUCCUCAGCCAUUCCCUGGUGGAGCUCAUGAACCAGAUCAGCCCCACCUUCAAAAGGAACUUCGCUUCCCUCCAGAAGAAACGCGUCCAGAGGCACCCGCUGGAACGGAUCUCUACCCCAUUCCAGGUGUACACCUGGACGGCACCCCUGGCCGAACAUGCCAUGGACUGCGUGCGGGCCGAAGACGCCUAUACCUCGAGGCUGGGCUACGAAGAACACAUCCCGGGACAGACCAGAGAUUGGAACGAGGAGUUGCAGACGACCCGGGAGCUGCCCCGGAAGAAUCUUCCCGAGAGGCUCCUGAGAGAACGAGCGAUCUUUAAGGUCCACAGCGACUUCACGGCGGCCGCCACGCGGGGGGCCAUGGCGGUGAUCGACGGCAACGUCAUGGCCAUCAACCCGAGCGAGGAGACCAAGAUGCAGAUGUUCAUCUGGAACAACAUCUUCUUCAGCCUGGGCUUCGACGUCCGCGACCACUACAAGGACUUUGGGGGGGACGUGGCCGCCUACGUGGCCCCCACCAACGACCUCAACGGGGUGCGCACCUACAACGCCGUGGACGUGGAAGGCCUCUACACGUUGGGCACGGUGGUGGUGGACUACCGGGGCUACCGGGUCACGGCCCAGUCCAUCAUCCCGGGGAUCCUGGAGCGCGAGCAGGAGCAGAGCGUCAUCUACGGCUCCAUCGACUUCGGCAAGACCGUCGUCUCCCACCCCAAGUACCUGGAGCUUCUGGAGAAGACCAGCCGGCCGCUCAAGAUCCAGAAGCACCCCGUGCUCAACGACAAGGACCAGGAGGUGCCGCUGUGCUCGUCCGUCGAGUGCAAGGGGAUCAUCGGCAACGACGGGCGGCACUACAUCCUCGACCUCCUCCGAACCUUCCCCCCCGAUCUGAACUUUCUGCCGGUCGACGGGGAGGAGAUGCCGGAGGAGUGCCGGAAAAUGGGCUUCCCCAAACACCACCGGCAUAAGCUCUGCUGCCUUCGGCAAGAACUGGUCGAUGCCUUUGUAGAGCACAGAUAUCUCAUGUUCAUGAAGUUGGCGGCCCUCCAGCUGAUGCAGCAGAAGGCCAACCAACCGGAGAACGGCGCCUCGUUGGAAAACGGCGGCAGCCCCACUGGUGUCUCCUCCGAAAAUGGGGUGGAGGAGGGGGAGAAAUCCCCCAUAGAAGAGAGGAGGCUGGAGGACAAGAUGGAGGGCAACCUGGAAGAGAACGUGGCCGGGCUGGACCGGGUGAAAGAGCUGACGGAAACCAUCGCGUCGGAUGAUGUAGCGGUGGACCCCAAAAGCAAGGAGGUGAUUCAAAAUGCGUGCAGAGCGGUGGGCUCCAUCAGCGACACGGCCUUUGACAUCCGGUUUAACCCCGACAUAUUCUCCCCAGGCGUUCGCUUCCCAGAGUCCAGCAAGGAGCAGAUUCAGGACCAGAAGCGGUUGCUGAAGGACGCAGCUGCCUUCCUGGUGUCCUACCAGAUUCCAGGCUUGGUCAAAGACUGCCUGGACCACACGGUGCUGCCGAUGGACGGGGCCACCCUGGUGGAGGCCAUGCACCAGCGGGGGAUCAACAUGCGCUACCUGGGCAAGGUGGUCGACUUCGUCACCCAGACCCCGGCCCGGACUCAGCUGGAUCACAUCUACAAAAUCGGAAUCAUGGAACUGAUUACUCGGUCGGCCAAGCACGUCUUCAAGGUCUACCUUCAGGGCGUGGAGCUUUCCGGCUUAUCGGCCGCCAUCAGCCACUUCCUCAACUGCUUCGUCAGCGCCUUCCCGAACCCCGUCGCCCACCUUCCCGUGGACGAGCUGGUCUCCAGGAAGAAGAGCAAGAGGAGGAAAAACCGGAACCUGGGGGCCGCCGACAACACGGCCUGGGCCACCAUGAGCCCCCAGGAGCUGUGGAAGAAUAUCUGCGCCGAAGCCAAGAGUUACUUUGACUUCGGCCUCGAAUGCGAGAGCGUGGACCAAGCUGUCGAGGUUUAUAACCUACAGAAGAUUACUCUCCUCCGGGAGAUCUCCCUCAAAACUGGAAUCCAGAUCCUAUUGAAGGAGUAUAACUUUGAUAACCGGCACAAGCCAACGUUCACGGAGGAAGACAUCCUGAACAUCUUCCCCGUCGUGAAACACGUCAACCCCAAAGCCUCGGACGCCUUCCACUUCUUCCAGAGCGGGCAAGCCAAAGUGCAGCAAGGUUUUCUGAAGGAAGGCUGCGAGCUGAUCAGUGAGGCCUUAAACCUGUUCAACAACGUGUACGGCGCGAUGCACGUGGAAAUCUGUGCCUGUCUUCGGCUCUUGGCUCGCUUGAACUACAUCAUGGGAGACUAUUCAGAGGCCUUAAGUAAUCAACAGAAAGCCGUGUUAAUGAGCGAAAGGGUCCUUGGUAUCGAGCAUCCCAACACGAUCCAGGAAUACAUGCACCUGGCGCUCUACUGCUUCGCCAACAGCCAGCUGUCCACCGCGCUCAACUUGCUGUAUCGCGCACGCUACCUCAUGCUGUUGGUGUUUGGCGAAGACCAUCCGGAAAUGGCUCUCUUGGACAACAACAUCGGGCUGGUCCUCCACGGAGUGAUGGAGUACGACCUCUCCCUGCGGUUUCUGGAGAACGCCCUCGUGAUCAACUCAAAAUACCACGGCGCCAAGUCCCUGAAAGUUGCACUGAGCCACCACCUGGUAGCCCGCGUGUAUGAAAGCAAAGCUGAAUUCCGGUCAGCGCUACAGCACGAGAAGGAAGGUUAUACCAUCUAUAAGAAUCAGCUCGGCGAGCACCACGAGAAGACCAAAGAAAGCUCGGAGUAUUUGAAAUACCUGACCCAGCAGGCCGUGGCCCUCCAACGCACAAUGAACGAAAUCUACCGGAACGGUUCGAACGCCAACAUCGUGCCCUUGAAAUUCACGGCUCCCAGUAUGGCCAGCGUCUUGGAGCAGCUGAACAUCAUCAAUGGGAUCCUCUUCAUUCCGCUCAGCCAAAAAGAUUUGGAAAACUUGAAAGCCGAAGUGCAGAGACGGCAGCAGCUGCAAGAAGCUCUGAAGGGCGGAGAGCAUCCAGAAUCGGAAGAAAAGCCCCCGGAGGAGAGUCAGUCGGUCCCCGUGACGCCCUAGCCCAGAGCGACCUUGCUCGAGUUAGUUUAGCUGAUCCGGGGCACCGGGGGUGGGGUGGGGGCUUUUUUUUGUUUUGUUUUAUUUCGUUCUGUUUUUGCAAUGGAGUCUGAUUCCUGGCGUGGCUGAGUCUCGUGGCAGGAUGGCUUCCCCUUUGGGCAAUAUUUUGGGUUUUGUUUUUUUUUAAUUUGCACUGGUACCAUGAAAAUACAACGCAAAAGAAUGAAAUCUUCAGCGCAAUCAAAUCGUUCCCGGGCAGGUUGGCACCCGGCUGUCCAAAGCGCAGGGUGGGACUGCCCCACGACCGGUGUGCAGAGCGGCGCGGCCCGGACUCGGGAGGUGGAGGCCAGCAUUUUUUGAAGCGGGGAGGGGGGGCAGAGAAGAGAGGCAUGCGGGGAGGGGAGCGGUGGGUAUGUGUGCGUGCGUCUGUGUCCAACCAUCAAGCCAUUUCUACUGUGUACAUAAGAGAUUUAAUUCCAAGUUGGAGGUAUAAUAAUGUUUCUCAGGUCAUUUUUUUAAAAUGUUGAUUUUAAAGGACACGUCACUGUGUGAGGAGCAGAAACGCUGCUCCUUCUCUGCCGAGACCCCCCCCCCCUUUCCGGAGUUCUUCUUUUCUCCUUCUGACCUUCGGUCCUCGGCCCCCAGACCCUUGCUCAGGCGAUCGUAACACUAUAAAUAUUAUAUAUGAAAUAUAAAUUCAGCCAUAUUUUUAAUGUAAAAAAUUGGUGGCUUUUUUUUUUUUUUGGUUUUGGUUUGGUAUGUUUUUUUUUUUUUUAAAUAGCCUGAACAGGGUCGAAAAGACCGAGCCGAGGUUGUGAGGGCGAUGCAGGAGAAACCGCUGUCCACGUUUAGGAGACGGCCUCGGGCUUCCCUUUGGGUUCAACGUUUCUUCCUUUUCCCUCUGCAUCUGUGUGUGUGUGUGUGUGUGUGACAAUUGUGGGUUGUUUUUCUGGAAAAGGGUGGAGGGGUUGGCGGACCUCCUUGCCUUAGGGGGAGGCAUCUUUCUCUGCAUUGGCCUGCAUUUGGAAAAAGUGCAAAAGUUGGGUGCGUUGUCGGCCGGGGGGGGGCUGCCUCCUUUUCGAAGCCGGGGGCCAAAGAAGGUCCCGGAUCGGUGCUGGUGGAAACCGCCGGGACACCUUCCCACGGAUCUGGUCCUGCCGAGGAGCUGAGCUCAUUGGGCCUCUCCUUAAAGCACCCCGAAAGUUUGAAACGCCUCCUCGGCCUUCCCCGUCGGCAGCGGAAGCUUCCCCAGUGCCUGCGGAAGGGGGGGGACCUCCUGCCGCCUGUGGGUCACAAACCGCCUCCUUUGGUGGCCUUCCCUUCCCACACCCUUGGCUUUGAAGGGAGAGCCGUGUCAGUCCUCCUCCGAAUUAGGGGUACACACCACUGCCCCCCCACGCCCCCCCUUGAGAAACCGCUGUGGAUUUUCUGGCGGCUUCUCCUCUUGCCGGAGGAGCAGCUCCCGAGGAAUGGAAAGAUGGCUCUCGCGGACCCCUUAAAGGUUUCCACGCGCCCACCUUUCUGGCUCAUCUCCCUCCCACCCCGGUCUUCUCAAGGACUUGCGCCCUUUGUGGGAAAGAAAGACUGCGCCUUGGAGAGAGCGUCUCUCGAACUGGGACCCGGGAGGCCAAAUCCCACCUAGUCAGAAGGAGGGGGAGUGUGGCGGCCAGGGGUGUGUGUGUGCGUGCGGGUGUGUGUUUUCCAGCAGAAAAGCCGUUCGGUCAAAACUCUGGCAGUUGAGCUGAAUCAAUGUCUACUUUUCUCUCUUCCCUCCCAACCCCCCCAAAAAAAGGUUUAUCUGUGAAUGUAUUAAAAACCAAGAAUCAUGAACUGAAAACAGCAAAGCCUCUUGCUUUUCUCUCUCCCUUUGGGUGAAAUAAUAAAUGUCAUUAAAUACGA